AUGACCUUUGCCCAGCAGUUCUCGGGGGCACAGAAGCAGUCUGAGGCAAUCAAACACAUCAUGCUCCAGAGGAAACUUGCUGCUUCCACCCAGGCUGCAGCCCAUUGGCCUGCUUGUCACCGUGGGCACCCCCCUGCAUCUGACACCGCUCCCCCACAGCAGCAACAGCCUUCCACCAGCUGCAUAUCGAUCACAAGUGCAAGUCUACAAAACGAAUCAACUGUAGCCAACUACAACAAAGUGGUGGAGGUGUUGUUAUCCCUCUUCCCAGAUAAAGAGCACUACUCCGACAGCAGUCCCAGCCGCUGCAGGACCUGUGCUGUGGUGGGCAACUCGGGCAACCUCAACGGAUCCCAUUAUGGGCCGCUCAUAGACUCACAAGACUUUGUUAUAAGGAUGAAUGAGGGCCCAACAGAUGGUUUUGAGCAGGACGUGGGCUCUAAGACCACUCACCGUGUCAUCUACCCCGAGAGCGCUGUGGACAUGGACGAGACGACUCACCUCAUUCUGUUACCCUUUAAGAUUCUGGAUCUGCAGUGGCUCAUCAGCAUCUUCACCACCAGACACAUUGAUCUGACGUACAUGUAUGUGAAACCAUCAAUUAAAGCAGACAGGAAUAAGGUGAUGAUCCUCCAUCCUGCAUUUAUGAAAUACAUCUAUGAGAGCUGGCUGCAGAGUCAUGGACAAUAUCCUUCCACUGGCUUCAUUUCUCUUAUAUUCGCCCUGCACAUCUGUGAUGAGGUCAGUGUGUUUGGGUUUGGACCCUCAAAAGAAGGAGCGUGGCAUCAUUACUUUGAAGAUUUCGGCAUGGACUCUAAUGGAGGACCUCAUGAUGGAGACUUCGAGGGCAAAGUCAUCUCUAAACUGCAUCAGAAACACAGAAUCACCAUGUACAAAGGCUGGUGGUGAAGCUUAAACUGAAGUCUGUCCAUACUGUGAAGUAUUUUGUUUUUGUAAAUUAUUUUCAUGUGUCAAUUUUACAACGUUUAACAAAUUUCAGAUUGGAAAUGUUAUUGAAAUGAAACUGUGUAAUGUGGCAUGCAGCACUGUCCCAGAGUUAGUUGUGAUCUACUGUGUAGACUGGUCAAGCACUGAUGCUAGCUCGUGUGUGUGUGUGUGUGUGUGUGUGUGUGUGUGAGUUCACUAAAUAAAACCAAAGUAUGAAAACUGCCAAGAGUUGAUGGUAUACUUUCAUCAGACAUUUAAGAAAUGUUUGUAGAGUAGACUGAAAGAAGCUUGCGUGAGUCCACACUGAUAUCAAGAGCUCUUUUAGGCCACAUGCUCUUCAAAUAAAACUAAUAGGCAAACACUCUCUCUAAUCACUCUGAGAUAUGUUUCUACAUAAGCUAGGAGGAGAACAUAUGCAAAUAACAUGACAGGAUUUUAACA